UUUGGCACAGGCACAAAACCAUUUCGAGUUUAAUCUAGUGAGUUAAUAUUCGAAAGUGAAAUGCUACUAACGUACUACGGCGUUUUGGGUUUGCUGUACACAGUUGCGGCUGUUGUCGAAGCCGGUCUUGCUGAUGUGGACUACUGUAGUCCGGCCUAUAUGUGUAGUGGUCGCAGAGAAAGUCAUGUUUUGGCUUGCAAUCACACUGGAGCCUUCGACAAGCGCUGCCCACCCAAUGCCGAAUUGUUGCCCAUUACGGCGGAAUUUAAGAAACUCUUCCUGGGCGAACAUAAUAUGUAUCGUAAUGAAAUUGCCAAGGGUUUGGUAUUCGAACCGGCUGCUGCUAUGGCCACACUCGAGUGGGAUGAUGAGCUAUCGUAUUUUGCCGAAUUCAAUGUGAAGCAAUGUGGCAUUAUUUAUGAGGAUCAGAAAUGUUUCACAACAGCACGGUACAAUACGCUCGAUCAGAAUAUCGGUUGGCUAUUCUAUACGAAAUCGAGAUUCAAUCGUACAAACAUUUAUAAUGACAUCAAGGAACACAUAAGAGUGUAUUGGUAUGAGCAGUACAAGCAUUGUACGCAAAAGGAAAUCGAUUCCUAUCAUCCACCACAGUUCGAAUUGAUUUUACAUUUUGGCAAAAUGGUUAUGGAUCGUAAUAAUCGUGUUGGCUGCGCUGCCUCUCUCUACGAAACGGAGCAUGGUUUUAAUGUGCUCUUCACCUGCAAUUAUGCGCGUCGUUUAUUCUGUUACAAACCGAUAUUCCGUGCAGGCGCUUAUCCGGGCUCGCACUGCAGAACUGGCAUGAAUCCAAUCUAUCCAUUCUUAUGUUCAUCCAAAGAGGAUUUCAACCCUAAUGAAUACAGAGUUUAAACGAAUUUGUCAUUUAUUCUAACAUUUAAGAUAAUAAAGACUAUUCCAUUCUGGUCAUGGAACGGAAGAAGGUCAUGUAACCUUAUCGAGCUAAAAAGAAAA